AGGCUUGUGAACAGAUUUAAACGCAAGUUUUAAAUCUGAUACUUGAGCAAUAAACAACUGGGCCCAGUUUGACAAAGCAUCUGUGUUGAUCAUCACGGGGCGGUGUAGAAAAUGCCCAUACAUGGGUUCCUAAAACAGCUAGUACGAAGAAAGGUGAUCGACCUGUGUGAGGAUACAGCGCUUGCUCGAGUCUUGUCCACCGUAGAUCUCAUUGGUCUAGGUAUUGGCAGUACCCUGGGAGCAGGUAUCUAUGUUGUCGCUGGUCAAGUCGCACGACAGACAGCUGGUCCGUCCGUCGUUCUGUCAUUCUUCGUAGCUGCUGUUGCGUCAAUUCUAGCAGGCGUGUGUUACGCUGAGUUCGCCGCUCGAGUUCCUAAAGCCGGCUCGGCGUACGUCUACAGCUAUGUGACGGUGGGCGAGUUCAUCGCCUUUGUCAUAGGGUGGAACCUCAUCCUCGAAUAUGUCAUCGGCACAGCCAGCGUGGCGAGGGCAUGGAGUGCGUACUUUGACUCGCUCCUCGACUACAAAAUCAAGAACUACUUCAACGCGACGAUGCCGAUUCACGUGGACGGCCUGUCCGACUACCCCGACUUCUUCGCGUUCGGCAUCACGCUGCUGCUGACGGUGGUGCUCGCGUACGGCGUCAAGGAGUCGACGACGUUCAACAACAUCUUCACCGUCGUCAACCUGCUCGUCGUCCUCUACGUCGUCAUAUGCGGCGCCUUCAAGGCCGACUUCCACAACUGGAACAUUAGCCCUAGUGAGAUUCCCAGUAAUGUUGACGGCGGGUCAGGGGGGUUUAUGCCGUUUGGAUUCUCAGGGAUGAUGUCUGGGGCAGCGACUUGCUUUUACGCCUUUGUUGGCUUCGACUGCAUAGCAACCACAGGUGAAGAGGCGAAAAAUCCCAAGAAAGCCAUUCCAAUCAGCAUCGUUCUGUCUCUGCUGGGCAUCACGCUGGCGUACUGUGGUGUGUCGAUAGUGCUUACCCUGAUGUGUCCCUACUACCUACUCGACCCCAACGCGCCCCUCCCCUUCGUCUUCAACCGCGUGGGGUGGGGCGUCGCCAAAUACAUCAUCUCUAUUGGGGCAAUAUGUGGGCUAUCCACUAGUUUACUCGGUGCAAUGUUUCCGCUGCCUCGCAUACUCUACGCCAUGGGGAGCGACGGGCUGCUGUUUGGAAUCCUCGGUUGGGUCUACCCCAGGUUCCAGACACCAGUCAUAGGAUGCGCCGUCUCGGGAUUGUUUGCCGGUUUGAUGGCCAUGAUGUUUAACUUGAAAGAACUCGUGGACAUGAUGUCAAUUGGUACAUUACUGGCCUAUACACUCGUCGCUGUUUGUGUACUUAUAUUAAGAUACCAACCUGAUGAAGCCAUGCCUGGGUCGGAGUAUAAACCCGACUCGAGUGACGAGAUAGUCAAGGAAUACUCGUUCAGCACUCGCGAUCUCAUACACCCGUCUUCCUCGGAACCCAACUCUGUGUCCGGCACAAUUGCUACCUGGAGCGUCGGGUUGUUGUGUUUAUUUGUUACUGCGUUCAGCGCCACUGUGAUUUAUGCUGCAGACUAUCUUAUGAGCCAUAGCUGGUGGGCGAUCCUGCUUGCUAUUCUUUUAGGCUGUCCAACGAUUGUCUGUAUCGUGUUUCUAUGGAAACAGCCAGAAAGUAAAGCGGAACUCUGGUUUAAGGUGCCGCUACUGCCAAUACUUCCUGCUGUCAGCGUGUUCAUCAACAUAUACCUCAUGAUGAAGUUAUCGGUCCCUACUUGGAUCAGGUUUGGUGUCUGGAUGGCGAUUGGUUUCAUGCUGUAUUUCGGAUACGGCAUAAGACACAGCACCCAGAAAAUCUCCAGUAAACCGCUGACUAGUCACGUUCCGAGAAAACCGAAACGAGUUUUAGGCGAAGUGGAGAUCGAAGUCCCGCCGCCGGAACCGGACGCGGACGAAGACGGUGAGGUAGACGAAACAACUCGGUUGCUUGGCAACCAUUUCUCCAAGCACGUGGUAGAAAUUCACGCCACGUCAUCAUCGGUGCCUUCGGAUUCUGUUCCCUGUGACUAUUGUCCUGCGUUGGCGUCUUACGGCGCACGUGAGAGGAUGAUGUCGUCAUUUGUCGAUGACGCAAACAGAAAACCUUCGGAGGAAAAUGGAUCAUUUUCGAACUCAUAAAUUUAAUGUAUAUAGGGGCUGUAUCAAAAUAGCAUCAUGGCGGCUUUCCGCUAAAACUAUUUAUUCAUUAAUGUUUUGAAAUGUAAAUUAUGAUUUGAACUAAAAUAUCAGUGACAAUGGAAUAAUUUAAUUUAAUAGUAGACAAGGAUGCUAGGUAUAGACAGGCGCGGAUCCAGGAUAAUUUAAUAGAAGGGGUUCAAAACUCUUUGUUGUUUUUGAAAUUAGAAUUUACAGGCACUUGACAGGUGAACGGGAUAAGAUUGCUUUUUUUUUUGCGUGUGUAUUCUGUAAUAUAUAUUGUUUGGCCACAAAUUGGGAGGGGGGCUUGGGGCCCCCUCCUGAAUCCACGCCUGAUAGAGUGUGAACGACAGAUUAGUUGGUGAUUUUAUAAUUUUGAUAAUUCUUUGUCUUUACUCGAGGUGCAAUACGACAAUCAAGUCUGGAAAUGUGAUUACAUGUGUAUUUCAAUUUGUAUUGUUUUCUUUGUUGUUGUUAUUUGUUAUUAUUCCUAUGCGUUUGUUUUCUUCUUUUGCCUUCUUCUUUUCUUUUUUGUUGUUGUUUGUUGUUUUGUUUUUCUGUAGGUUUUUUUGUUUGUUUUUUAGUCUUUUUAAAUUAUUAUUAUUAUUGCUAUUGUCAUUGUUGUUUUUGUUUUGUUAUCGGCAGUGGUUGCUCUAUACGGGGUGAGCGGGGAGAGGGGGGAGGAUUUAGCUUAAUCGUUUGAGUGCACGCUUAAGGUCAUUGCGUCGCAGGAUCGAACCACAUCGAUGGAUCCAUUCACCUGAUUGUGGUUUUCUAAUUCCAACCAGUGCACCACAGCUGGUCAAAGGCCGUGGUGUGUGCUUUCCUGUCUGUGGGAAAG